AUGCCGACUAAAGAAAGUUCUAAACCAUUUGAUAUUAACAAUUUUUUGGCUGAAUUUAGGUCUCAAAUAUCUAAAAGAAAGAAACGACUUCAAGAACAGUCGAGUUCAAGACAUUUAGAUAUUUUUGCGGAUAAUAGAGCUAAGUUGAUGGUUAAAAAAAACAAUGAUAGUAAUAAUACAUCAGAUAUUAAAAGACUCAUUGAAUUUGCCAUAGAUAGGCCAUCAGUCGAAGGAGCAGACUCUCCUUUAAGUCCAUUCAAUACCGACCUGCUGUUCUUUAAUGAAGAUGCAUCCUCUUCUUCAAUUUACUUUGAGUGGUCAUGUACGGAUUGUCCAUUAUAUAUGCCAAAGAUGUGCAAUUGUGGAACAAAAAGUGAAGAAAGUUCUCAUUCUAUGAUUUGUAGCAAUGAAAGCUGUGAAGGGUUGUUAAAAGUACCUUAUAGUCUUAUACAGAUACCCCUAAAUCGUAAAAUUAACUCAGUUCAAUCAUUUGUAUCUGAAAACAUGGGAAUUCCAAGUUCAUUACUUAUAUAUUAUGGAAAACUAAAAAACUCACUACUCUUAGUGUUAUUUGACAAAGAACAAGAAAGAAGUGUAGUAAAAGCUCUUUAUAAAGCAUCAGAUUCUAUUGGUUGCAUUGCUCUCUAUGACAUUUUCCCUGAUAAUAACAAAAGUAGAAGUUCAAGAAGACCAUAUACCACUAAACUUAAAUACACAGGUAAAAUUCACAAGUUAUACAAAUAA